UCUCCAGUAGAUGUCAGUAAAACACCACAGCGCGACGCUGCAUUGUUACCGAGCGUCAGUCUAUAUAACCGGAGCGCAUUCCUGCACACCGCUCACAGUGACACAAACCGCGGCCGCUGUCCUCCGAACCCACGCGUCUACUUAACCACGGCCAAAACUGAGCAGCAGGGCCUGCGGAUCUCCAGCGAUCACCUCGGAUUUCAUUUCAUUCAAUCUGAACAAACGAAGCCGAUCAAAACCAGUCCGAUUGGAUCGCUCAGCAGCGAUGUCGGAGUUUCUGGUGGAUCUGCUCGGAGAGCGCCUCGUCAACCGGGAGAAAGCCGAGCUGGAUGUUCACGCGCUGGGCAGUAAGCUGUCGCUGCUCGGGCUCUACUUCGGCUGCAGUUUGAACGGUCCCUGCAAGCAGUUCAACUCCAGCCUCUGCGAGUUUUACAGCAAGUUUAAGAAAUCAUCAGAGCACAAGGACAAAUUGGAGAUCGUCUUCAUCUCGUCGGAUCAGGACCAGAAACAGUGGCAGGACUUCUUGCAGGAAAUGACAUGGCCGGCUUUGCCUUUUAAAGACAGACACAAAAAGAUGAAACUCUGGAACAGGUACAAGGUGACCAGUAUUCCUUCUUUGGUCUUCAUCGACGCAGCCACGGGGAAGGUGGUAUGUCGGAACGGUCUGCUGGUGGUGCGGGAUGAUCCGAAAGGUCUAGAGUUCCCCUGGGGCCCGAAGCCCUUUGCUGAGGUGGUGGCCGGGCCCUUGCUCAGGAACAACCGACAGACAACAGACAGCAGUGCCCUGGAGGGAUCCUUUGUUGCAGUUUACUUCUCCGCCCAUUGGUGCCCCCCGUGUCGUAGUCUUACCCGAGUGUUAGUGGAAUCAUAUCGGAAAGUGAAAGAAUCAGGACAGAAAUUUGAGAUUGUUUUCGUCAGUGCUGAUAGGUCGGAAGAGUCGUUUACACAGUAUUUCAGCGAGAUGCCAUGGUUGGCGGUUCCGUACACAGAUGAGGCCAGAAGGUCACGGCUCAACAGACUCUAUGGAAUCCAAGGUAUCCCCACACUGAUCCUGUUGGACACAGAGGGUCACAUGAUCACACGACAGGGACGGGUGGAAAUUCUCAACGACCCUGAGUGUCGGCUCUUUCCGUGGCACCCACGACCCGUACUGGAGCUCAGCGAAUCCAACGCCGUGCAGCUUCACGAAGGGCCCUGUCUGGUGCUGUUUGUGGAUGCAGAGGAGGAGGGCGAGCUUGAGCCAGCCAAAGAGCUCAUCCAGCCAAUCGCAGAGAAGAUUAUGGCCAAAUACAAGGCCAAAGAAGAAGAGACGCCACUGCUGUUUUUUGUGGCUGGGGAGGAUGAUAUGACUGAUUCACUACGGGACUACACCAACCUACCUGAGGCUGCGCCGCUUCUCACCAUCCUGGACAUGUCGGCUCGGGCCAAAUACGUUAAAGAUGUGGAGGAGAUCACACCAGCUGUGGUAGAACAGUUUGUUAGUGACUUUCUGGCUGAGAAGCUCAAACCAGAGCCCAUUUGAAGUGAGGUGACAUCCUGGACAGCACUAACCUCCCCCCACCCUGUGACCCGAACCUCCGACUGACCCUUGACCUCCAGGCGUGCUCUAUUUCUCUCCCUGUCAGACUGUUGAAACAGAAACUCACUUUUUACUUAUUUUAAGCUGUGCCCCUCUAUCGUGAUGUGGCCUCCUCCUGUGGUGCCUUGCAUUUACUACAGCGCCGACUGAAUAAACGAUUUUUAAGUUGA